GAGUACCGCUGCCUACUCCUGCAACGCCCGUCGACCCAGAUCUGCAGAAUUUUCUCCAAAUGCUCGAGUUUGCUCCUCCGCUAUCGGCUUCCCCUUCCCAGCAGCAACUUGGCGCACCGAGACACAGCCCGAGUACGAGCACGCUCAGCACCGUCAGCCUUGGCAGUCUCCGGCGGCAGCCGUCUGAUCGCCAGAGAUCGGGUACGAUCAGGAGCAGCACCGGCACUGUGCCCCGGGGGAGCCUGGAUGCCCAGAGAGCGAUAGAAGCGAGGUUUGACAGCUCGCUCGCUGUGCUCAGUCCGGCUGAUCAGGUAGCUGGAACGGGCAACGUCCCUCCUCCUCCCCCUCCUCCUCCCCCUCCCCCUGGACCGAGUGGGAUCAGCCGCCUCAGGCCUGUGCAGCCUCUGGACCCGUUUGCCCUGGAUGAAGAGAGUUAUGAGCGGCCGAGGCCUGGAGCGGGGAGCUCGCAGGAGCUUGUUGUUGGUCGACUGGAGCCGGAGGAGCAAGAUCAAGAGCGUCCGGUGCGGCAGGCUAGAGCGGUUAGGGGCAGUAGGGCUGACCGGGAGACCCGGGAGCCGGAGAGGGAGCGGGAGGGUAAGGGAUGGAGGAGAGUGCCUACGGAGUGAAUGCGUUUCUUCCUGGUAGGCGGUGGAAGUGGACGGGGCCUGGCUUUUUCUCACCCAUGGAUCGUUCUCAUGCAACCCGGUUUACCCAUGACUCUCAUGCUUAUCCUCAUCAACC